UGGGGCCGUCCCGGGCGCGUCCGGCCGCGUCUCCUCAGCAGUUCGCGCUUCGCGGCGGCGGCAGCCAUCCCCCGGGUUUUGGCUCUUCGGCUCCGGCGGAGGCGCGCGCGGCACUCCCGGGCGGACGGCUGUGGCGGCGGCCGCCUCUCGAGGGCCCCUCAGCCGCGCCCCGAGUCGGGCGGCCACGAGGCCCCGCCGCGGCGUCCCGCGCUCGCAGACCCGGCGGCCGCAGCCAUGUCGCGGGGGCCCGAGGAGGUGAACCGGCUCACCGAGAACACCUACCGGAAUGUUAUGGAACAGUUCAACCCUGGGCUACGAAAUUUAAUAAACCUGGGAAAAAAUUAUGAAAAAGCUGUUAGUGCUAUGAUCCUCGCAGGAAAAGCCUACUACGACGGAGUGGCCAAGAUUGGAGAACUUGCCACUGGAUCCCCUGUGUCGACCGAGCUGGGACGUGUUCUCAUAGAGAUGGCGAGUAUACAGAAGAAACUGAAUGACAGCCUUGACGAAAGUUUUAAAAAAUUCCAUAAAGAGAUUAUACAUGAGCUGGAGAAGAAGACGGAACUGGAUGUAAAAUAUAUGAAUGCAACUCUAAAAAGAUACCAGGUAGAACACAGGAAUAAAUUAGAGUCUUUGGAGAAAUCUCAAGCUGAGUUGAAGAAGAUCAGAAGGAAAAGUCAAGGAGGAAGAAAUGCACUAAAAUAUGAACAUAAAGAAGUUGAGUUCAUAGCAACUGUUACUUCUCGCCAGAGUGAAAUCCAGAAAUUUAUUGCAGAUGGUUGCAAAGAAGCCCUACUUGAAGAGAAAAGGCGCUUCUGUUUUUUGGUUGACAAACACUGUGGUUUUGCAAAUCACAUACAUUAUUAUCACUUACAGUCUGCUGAAUUACUUAAUUCCAAACUGCCUAAGUGGCUGGAAACCUGUGGUGAUGUCACCAAAGUACCAGAGAAAAUCAUGAAUAUGAUAGAAGAAAUAAAGACCCCAAUCUCCACUCCAACAUGUGGAACACCUCAGCCUUCUCCAAUGAUCGAAAGAAGCAACAUGUUUGGGGACAAUCAUGAUACCCUUUCUAACUACUCACCAAAGAUGCCCCCCGCUCCUUCAGCUAAAGCAUAUACCAGUCCUUUGAUUGAUAUGUUUAAUAACCCAGCAACAGUUGCACAGAAUUCAGAAAGGAUAAAUAAUUUAACAGAUAACUCAGAGGAUUCUAGUUUGCAGAGAUCGGUUUCUGUUGCCACUGGCCUAAACAUGAUGAAAAAACAGAAAGUAAAAACCAUUUUCCCACACACUGCUGGCGCUAACAAGACUUUACUCAGCUUCGCACAAGGAGAGGUCAUCACGCUGCUCAUCCCCGAGGAGAAAGACGGCUGGCUUUACGGGGAGCACGACGGCACCAAGGGGAGGGGCUGGUUCCCAUCAUCAUAUACAAAGUUGCUGGAUGAAAACGCAAAGGAAACAGCCACCGCGCCCAAACCAAGCCCUACACCAGUAAGAAGCAUCAGCACGAUGAAUUUAUCUGAAAAAAAUAGUGUUGUCAUCCCCCCACCAGAUUAUUUGGAAUGCCUGUACACAGGAGCAGCUGCAGAAGAGAAAGAGGAGGUUUCCAAAAGUACUUCUGCCCUUAAUGUACCAGUGUCUGAGCCAGAAAUCCCAUCUCUUAGUGAUGCAGACGCGACUACAAAGCCGCCUUUCCUCAGUGGAGAAAAUCCCUUUGCUACUGUGAAACUCCGAAGGACAGUGACAAAUGAUCGAUCAGCACCAGUCAUCCAGUGAGAAGGCGGCAAAGGAGCUCUUCUUUUUCCUCCAAUGUUAAAUUCCCACUUUCAAAAUGAUAGGAUAUAUUGUUUAAUAUGUGCAAAGCUUUACCAAACGGUGCCUGAUUGUAAGUGGAUUCAAACUGAGCAAAUGGGUGCAUUUUCUCAAUUUAACACAGUAUGGUUUACACAUUUCUGUCUUUAAGAUAAAAUUAAUAAUAGUUUAGUGACUAACUCAACUCAGUCAUUUAAAAUAUUUUCUUCUUUUUCUGUUUAACUAAACUCAGUCCCAAACAUUACUGUGUCAUUUUUUUUUUAAUAGCCCAUGAUUUUAUAUAUUUUUUUAAAGAGCCAGAAUAAGGGAUAAAUGUGCUUUAAUGACUGGCUUUUUGCACCUGAAUGCAAGUGAGACCAUAGUUAAUUUUAUUAAGCAUGUAGCAUUACAAUGUUUAUCUAAAGAAAAAUAUUGUGGAAAUUUGCAUCUUAGCAUGCAAAUCAUAAUCUUAAGUAAUAUAAAUUAUGAAAAUAUUAUGUAAAAUUUAAUAAUUUUAACUUAAAAAUUAUUUUUUGUUUAAUCAAACGUAGAGCUACCCCAGAUGGAGAAAUCCCAAGCUUUCCUGCAAUUUAGACUUGGCUGUAAAAUGCUGAGGCAUUUUGCCUGUCCUCACAGCCAUGAUAUUUAGUACUUAAAUAAUUUCCAAGAGCAACUGCAUUGGGUAGCUAAGGUUCCACCUGGGCUGGCCCACUUGUGUCACACCACCGCCAGCCUUGCUGCACGCUAGGCCACGCGUGUGCUGGCCCAGCUCCAGGAGUGGGCAUGACCGAGGACUCCAUGUGUAGAGACCAGGGCGCUGUCGCCAAGGUGAGGACCAGAGCUGCCUCUGUCACUAACCUACUCUCAAAUCUUGUGGGGCCACAUCUCCCCAUUUCUGAACCAGGUACUGACCCGCCAGCAGUGCUGGUGAAGCCCACACAUCCUCCGGGAGCCUGGGUCUCAGCCGAGGCAGUCGCUGGUCACUGCACACUAGCAGUCUCUGCCCUGAGGUCGCCAGGCCUCCCCGGGCUCCCCCUGGCUGCCACGGGUGCUGAGGAGUGUCUUCAGCCCGAGGAGUAUCUGGGGAGGAGGAAGCAUAGCAGGGAGACAUGGAAGCCUGGGGAUACCCCACUGGGGACGGAGUGGAGAAUCAGGAGUAAAAUUCACCCAGGCCAUUCGGGGGUGGGGGUUGGCCGUGACCUGCUUGUUGCUUGUCACAGCUCUUUGGUGUCACCAUAAAUGUACUGCUUUCCUGUGAGCUUGAAAUUGGUCAAGGUCAAAUGCUGGUAGCCAUGGUGAGUGUGUGGCACUUCAGGCUCCUGGGCCUGGCUCCUUCCUGCAGGGUGGAGCAAUGUUGCCAACUGCCCAAGGGCUGACGACACAGGACUGCGUUAACGCCACCCCAGGACCGCAAGUUUGCGUCAUGCUAAACGCAGCUUGUCAGGCAGCACCACCCGUCUCAAAGGAGGAGGAUGCCCCAGUGAGUGCCCCUCUGCCACUUAGGGGAUAAGAGAACCCGUUGUCUUCAAUGCUCGGCAGGGAGACGUGGGUUUGGCCAGUGUGUCAAGGGAGAAGGUGGGGGGAGGGGUGUACACCCCACCCUGCCCUUCAGAGCUCCACUGUUUGGGCUCUGGCUUCAUUGGAGGUGUAUGAAAGUAGGCCCUGGGAUUAUCAGAUUCCAUUUACAGACUCACACGGGCCAAUUAAUCCCAGUUUAUGUCUUCACAAAAUGGAGCCACAGUGGCCACCUGUCUGCCGGCCUCCCCCAGGACGGAGUGUGCAUCUUCAGGUUCUUGGCACUAAGUCGCGUGUUCUGUAAAUGUCAAGGUGUUACCUUCAAUUGUAAUAAAAGAUAACCUGAAAACAA